AUUCCCUGCGUCCUCCCAUCCGUUGCAGAUCUAAAAAUAGCUCCUCCCGGGACGCUGGGGACAGGCUCCGCCUCUCCUUAGAGUGGCUGGGACGCAGCGGUAGGAGCAGGAGGCACUAGAGACCCCGGCUAAGAGCUGCCAGCGUCAGGAGGCGCUCUCGGCCCCCGACCACCGCGGGAGGACCGCCCUGGGGCUGCCGCGGCGCGCCCUCUCCUCCCGGCCUCGGAGUGCGCGCAGCCUCGCUGGUGGCUGGGAAGAAGCAUCCCCGGCCGCGCCUGGCGAGGAUUCCGGGCCGUGCCUCUGGGCUGUCUGGGGCGGUGGAGUGAGUCGGGAGGCGGACCUGGGGCGAGAAGACCUUUUCCCGCUGCCCCCAGCUCCGGGGAACCCCCUGAAAGCAAGCUGUGGAGUUGAGUCGUGUUCAGCCUAGCCCUGCAAGACACAGGGAGAUUUUAAGAUCUCCAGCACUGACCCUGUUGUGAUUUGCUGUAAACCCUUGUCAGCCCUUGCACUUCUGUCAGAAGGUCUCAGGCUCUCUUUCAGCUCCUUGGUCAGCUGCCGUGGCCUUGGUGGCACCACAGCCCAGUGGACAGCCCAGUGCUUCUCCCCUCCAUGCAGUCCCCAGCUGCCACUGCUGAGGGUGGUAUUAGCAGCCCCCACUUUGGGGCCUACACACUCCCCACUUUCAAGUUCCAGCCUCGCAAUGAGAGCAUAGACUGGAGGCGUAUUAGUGCCCUGGAUGUGGACCGCGUGGCUCGGGAGCUGGAUGUGGCCACUCUGCAGGAGAACAUUGCAGGCGUUACCUUCUGCAACUUGGACCGGGAGGUGUGCAGCCGUUGUGGGCACCCCGUGGACCCGGUGCUGCUCAAGGUGCUGCGCCUGGCGCAACUCAUCAUAGAGUACCUGCUGCACUGCCAGGAUUGCCUGACUGCCAGUGUUGCCCAGCUGGAGGCACGGCUGCAGGCCAGCCUGGGCCAGCAGCAGCGGGGCCAGCAGGAGCUGGGCCGCCAGGCCAAUGAGCUCAAGGGUGUGCGGGAAGAGAGUCGCCGACGUCGCAAGAUGAUCAGCACCCUGCAGCAGCUGCUGAUGCAGACAGGCGUCCACAGCUACCACACGUGCCACUUAUGUGACAAGACAUUCAUGAAUGCCACCUUCCUCCGGGGCCAUAUCCAGCGCAGGCAUGCAGGAGUGGCAGAAGGAGGAAAGCAGAAGCAGCAGGAGCAGCCUGUGGAGGAGGUGUUGGAAGAGCUACGGGCCAAGCUAAAGUGGACCCAAGGGGAGCUGGAAGCCCAGAGGGAAGCCGAGAGGCAGCGGCAGCUCCAGGAAGCAGAGUUUACUCGUCAGAGGGAAAUAGAAGCUAAGAAGCAAUUCGAUGAAUGGAAAGAAAAAGAGCAGACCAAGCUCUAUGGGGAAAUAGACAAGUUAAAACAGUUAUUUUGGGAUGAAUUUAAAAUCGUUGCCAACCAGAACUCUACGUUAGAAGAGAAACUGCAGGCAUUGCGGUCCCACAGUGCAACAGAGUCCCACCUUGGAUCACUGCAGGAUGAAGAAUCAGAGGAGCGACUCAGGCAGGCGCAGGAGCUCCAGGCCCUGAGAGAGAAGAUGGAGAUUCAGAAAACAGAGUGGAAGAGAAAAAUGAAGACACUGCAGGAAGAGCGUGUGGCUGAGAGGAGAGAGGUAUUGCAGAAGGAGAAUGAGAGGCUCCAGGCCUCCCUGACUCAGGACCAGAGGAAGGCAACCGCCCAGUCCCAGCGCCAGAUCAAUGCCCUCCGUGCCCAGUUGCAGGAACAAGCCAGGCUCAUUGCCUCCCAGGAGGAGAUGAUCCAGACCUUAUCCCUCAAGAAGGUGGAGGGGACCCAAGAGGUGCCAAAGGCUGUGGACACAGAGGAGGACUCUCCUGAGGAAGAACUGGAAGACUCCCAGCAUGAGCAGCAGAAGGUGCUGGCAGCUCUGAGGCAAAACCCCACCUUGCUGAGGCAGUUCCGGCCCAUCCUGGAGGAUACCCUGCAAGAGAAGCUGGAAGGCAUGGGGAUAAAGUGGGAUGCAAAGGGAAUCUCUGUUCAGACUUUCAAACACCUAGAGACCCUGCUGAGAGCCCAGCGGGAGCAGAGGGCCAGGAAGUUUUCUGAAUUUCUGAGUCUGAGGGAAAAGCUUGUCAAGGAAGCCAUCCACAGAGUGAAGGAGAGACAGAACGAGGCCAUGGUGUUCCAGCAGGAUGGUCAGCCUCCAGUCAAAAGCCAGCAGAGCCCAUUGGACACCAGAGAGGCCCUGCCAAAGACCAGGACCCUGCAUGUGGUGUUGCCAUCCAAGUCGGCAGAGCCACCCACACCAACCCUUCAGAACCGAAGCAGCCAUGGCCUUGGCCUGGCCCUGGGGUCCACCCCGACUCCACGCCCCAGGAUGCACAAACCCUCCAGCAUCCCCGCUUCCCCAGGGUCUGGGUUGAGCAGCACUCCCCCAUUCAGUUCUGAAGAGGACUCGGAGGGGGACACUGGGCAUCACGUGUCCCUCCAGCCCCUGCAAACUCCUUCCAGGACAGGGCCCAAGCCAGAGGAUGCCUGGGACUGGUCUGACACAGAGACCUCGGAGGAGAACGCUCAGUCCCCUGGCAAGGGCUCAGGUGGGCUGGCUUCCUCGGGAACACUGGUGCAGUCAAUGAUCAAAAACCUCGAGAAGCAGCUUGAGACUCCAGCAAAGAAGCCUGCUGGAGGAGUCAGUGUGUUCUUGAGGUCCAACACAGGGCCGCAGAGGGCUUCCACGCCAAGAGGGAAGCCUCAGCUUUCUGAAGAUGAGAGUGACUUGGAGAUCUCUUCCUUGGAAGAUCUUCCCCAGGACCUGAACCAAAGAGAGAAACCAAAGCCCUUGUCCUGCUCAAAGCCACCGGAGAAGUCUGAUGCCAGUCCUUGGAGCUCUGGCAGACCCAGGGUUUCUGGCUGGUGAUCCUGGACAGAGCCUGACUGACAAGAAAGCCAGCCUUGUCACCUGGUUGAAACCAGCUUGUAUCUCACCUCAACAAAAGAGGCUGCUAGGUCUCUUGCCUUUACUUACGACUAAGAGGUCUUUCCCUCAGAGGGAAAUAGAGCAGGGGACAAAUAUGAUCAUCUCUUCUCUACCUGUGAGGGGCCCUGCCCUGGAGGGCCAUAGGGGCUUAGUAGGGUUCUCUGAGUCCCAUGACUUGAGAACUGGUUAUAACAAGGCCUCAAGGUAGUUUCCUCCAUUUUCAUGUCAACUCCAAACUGAAAGGGAUCAUCCAGUCACUCUUCCUGAGCCUUUUGUAAAUCUUCAGGAUCACUGUGGUGAUGGGUCCUAUGUGGGGUCCUAAGGCUUGUCAAUGAUUGAUCCAAAGUCAUUUAUUGAGUACCUACUGUAUGCUAGGUUUUCUAACUGCCCACUGCUGAGUUGGGGACAGGCAGAAGUGGGUGGGCAGAAUACCAACAUGGCGCGGUAAUCUAGUAGCAGAGAUUAGAGUGUUAUGGGAGCAUAGAAGAGGCCACCUGACCCAUCCUGGGGUUAACUUGGAGAACUUCCCAGGAUUAUGAUAUCUGGUAGGACUGUACAUGGGUGGGAAGAAAGGAGAGCCCUGGUUGGGGCUUCAUCUCCCCAAAGGACCAGAAAUUAAAUUUUUUAAAAUAUUGUUUUAGAUGUUGAUGGAUCUUUAUUUUAUUAUCUAUAUGUGGUGCUGAGAAUUGAAUCCAGUGCCUCACAUAUGCUAGGCAAGCACUCUACCACUGAGCCACAACCUUAGCUUCAGAAAUUAAAUUUUUAAUAACAUUUCCAAAAUCACAUUAUAUACAUAGCCACUGUAUUUUUUUAGUGUGAAAACAUUAGUUUAUUAUAUGCAAACAUUUAUAUAUAACAUGAUGUAUGUAAUUGUUAUUUCUUCAUUAUUUUUUGAGAUUUACAGGGGUUCAUGAAGAGUGAAUAAAACAAUCUGUGCCUCUGUUGUGUCAAGUUAAGUCUUUUGGGAUGCCAUUACUUUUACAGGGCAAAAUUUUUUUAUUUUUAAAAAUAUUUUUAGUUGUUGAUACCUUUAUUGAACUAAUUUAUUUACUUACAUGUGGAAUACUGAGAAUCAGUUUGAUUAC